CGCGCGGGCCGGACGCCGCGAGUCUUUGACUGUGCGGCGGCGCGGGGCGCGGGCUGGAGCCAUGCAGGGCGGCGACUUCAAGCUGCCCUCCAAGCGGCCGCGCGGCGAGGGCAGCCCCAGGACCCCGACCCGCACCCCGCCCGCCGGCGGCGGCGACGGGUCUCCGGGUGGGCCCAGGCUGCCCCCGGAUUACCGCGUGUGGGACUCGGAGCAGGUGUGCCUGUACCUCAGCAGCCAAGGUGUCGAUGAUCCCGCGCUGCUGAGGCGCUUCCAAGAAAGUCAGAUCAAAGGCUCAGAACUGCCCCUUAUUGAUGAGUUUCGCCUUGAAAAUCUCGGAGUAAGUUCUUUGGAAAAGAGAAAGGAUUUAAGAAAAAUAUUACAACAAGUGAAUCAAUACCAAAAUCAAUGCCAUGCUGAUAUAAUGAAGGUAAUUAAUGACCCUGUCCAUGGCCACAUUGAACUUCACCCUCUCCUCAUACGAAUCAUUGACACUCCUCAGUUUCAGCGGCUUCGGUAUAUUAAACAGUUGGGAGCUGGUUACUAUGUUUUCCCAGGAGCUUCACACAAUCGAUUUGAACACAGUCUAGGUGUAGGAUAUCUUGCAGGUUGUCUAGUUCGUACGCUGCGUGAAAAACAGCCAGAGCUGCAAAUAAGUCAUCGAGAUAUGCUCUGUGUUCAGAUAGCUGGGCUUUGUCAUGAUCUUGGUCAUGGUCCAUUUUCUCAUAUGUUUGAUGGAAGAUUUAUUCCACUUGCUCGCCCAGAUGUGAAGUGGACGCAUGAACUAGGCUCAGUUAAGAUGUUUGAGCACUUAAUAAAGUCUAAUGGACUCAACGAUGUCAUGCAAUACUAUGGACUUGUCCCUGAUGAAGAUAUUUGCUUUAUCACGGAACAGAUUAUAGGACCACCUUAUCCACCAACGGAAUUGUGUCCUUGGCCAUACAAAGGGCGUCCUAAAGAGAAAGGCUUCCUUUAUGAAAUAGUGGCUAAUAAAAGAAAUGGCAUUGAUGUGGACAAAUGGGAUUAUUUUGCUAGGGACUGUCAUCAUCUUGGAAUAAAAAAUAGUUUUGAUUAUCAGCGUUUUAUUAAAUUUGCCCGUGUCUGUGAAGUAGAGGAUGGAAAGCAUAUUUGUACAAGAGAAAAGGAGGUUGGGAAUCUUUAUGAUAUGUUCCACACACGCAACACCUUGCAUCGUAGAGCUUAUCAGCAUAAAGUUAGUAACAUCAUUGAUACAAUGAUUACAGAUGCUUUGCUCAAAGCAGACUGCUUCAUAGAGAUUACAGGCGCCGAAGGAAAAAAGUACAGUAUUUCUACAGCGAUUGAUGACAUGGAAGCUUUCACAAAAUUAACAGAUAAUGUUUAUCAACAGAUUCUGUACUCUAAUGAUCCCAAAUUGGAGGCAGCGCAAAAGAUUUUAAAGAAAAUUGAAUGCCGUGAACUGUACAAGUAUGUGGGUGAGACUCAGCCAAUGAAACAAAUAAAGAUACAGAGGGAAGAUUUUCAAAACCUUCCAGAAGAGGUUGCCAAUGCUAAACCUGAGGGAGUAUUUUCAGAUGCUGAAAUGGAAGCUGAACUGAAAGCUGAAGAUUUCAUAGUAGAUGUUAUCAACAUGGAUUAUGGAAUGCAAGACAGGAAUCCAAUUGAUCGUGUUGACUUCUAUUGUAAGAGUGACUUCAAUAAAGCAAUCAAGAUUUCGAAAAAUCAGGUCUCACAGCUUUUACCAGAGAGAUUUGCAGAGCAGCUCAUUCGAGUAUACUGCAAAAAGAUGGAUGAAAAAAGUUUAUAUAGAGCACGGCAGCAUUUUGUUCAGUGGUGCUUAUUGAAAAAUUUCACUAAACCACAGGUGAGUGGCUUUUUGUCACAUACUUUGCAUAAUUUUUUAUUUUUAAAUAGAAAGCAAAUAAGAUCUUUACUCUGGGGCAGAGGUGUGUUUUGUUGGGGAGGCCACACUCAGCUGUGCUCUGAGAUCUUUUCUGAAAGUCUCAGAGGAACCAUAUGACCAUAUCAGGAUGUCAGGAAUUGAACCCAGGUCAGCCACUUUCAAGGCAAGGACCUUACUCAUUAUACUAUUUUUCUGUCCCCUUGUUUUUACUUCUCUUUGAAAAGUUCUCAUUGAAAGUAUAAUCGCUAUAUUUGUUUAAGAUUUUAGGGUGGAUAUUUUUAGUUUGGAGGCCAUACCUGAUGUUGCUCAUAACUCUUUGUAGCUCAGAGUCGGGGGACUGGGCGUGCUAGGACUCAAACCCAGGCUUCCUAUGUGAAAAGCUGCACCAUCUCUCUAGCCCCCCAUGUUUUAGCUUCUUACACCCUCUGCUUCUAAGACCUGGUGUCAGUUCAUUCUAGGGCCACCCCUCAUUUGGCAGUGGGGGACUCAAAGUUACAUCUUUGUAGGCUGGUAAAUAGCUUAAGUACUAGAUGCCUUGCAUGUAAGAGGCCAGCGAGUUAGAUUUCCAGAAUCCUUAGUAUUCUAUUUUCUUAGAAAAACAAUUAUUUUAUGAACUCUUAACUCUUCGGACAUAUGAUUGCGGUGGCGCUUGUUGCUGUCUUCAAUUUGGAAAUGAGGCAAGGCUCAACACUGAAAACAAAUCCUUACCACAGGGCCAGAGUGAUAAUACAGCGAGUAAGACAAGCACCUAAAUCCCCUAAGCACCGCCAGGCCACGCAUUGUAGGGAGUCCCCCUAG